UGCCUGCUGACGCUCUGGGAUAGUCACUCUGCUAUGGCGCCCAUGAUGUCGCUGGUGAAGGAGGGGACAUCAUAGCAUUGUGUUAAAAUUCGCGUCGCUGUGAACUACUCUGUGCGUUUUUCUACCCUGGAUUAAUUUAAUUACAUUUUUAUUUGUGAACCGGCCAUGACCGUGGAGCAGAAUGUCCUCCAGCAGCAUUCACAGAAGCAUCAGCAGACUCUACUAAACCAGUUGAGGGAGAUAACAGGAACCACAGACAUCCAGCUGCUUCAGCAAGCUUUGCAGGUGAGCAGUGGAGACCUGGCUGAGGCUGUAGCCUUUCUGACGGAGAAGAACGCUAAGGUUCCUCAGCAAGAUGAGACGACCUACUACCAGACAUCCCAGGUGGCCAGUGAUAGAUAUAUCAGUGUCGGCAGCCAAGCAGACACAAAUGUCAUUGACCUGACUGGGGAUGACAAAGAUGACCUGCAGAGGGCCAUCGCCCUCAGUCUGGAGGAGUCGAGUCGGGCAUUUAGAGAGACAGGCAUCACUGAUGAGGAGCAGGCCAUUAGCAGAGUGUUGGAGGCCAGCAUUGCAGAGAACAAGGCGAGUCUGAAGCGUACCCACACAGAAGUAUGGAGUGAUUCACCCAACCCACAUGACAGGAAGAGGAUAGAUAACUGCCCAGUGGGGCUGAAAAAUGUUGGCAAUACCUGCUGGUUCAGUGCUGUCAUACAGUCUCUGUUCAACUUGCUGGAGUUCCAGAGGCUGGUGCUCAACUAUUCUCCGCCAGCCAGAGUCCAUGACCUGCCUCGCAACCAGAAGGAGCACAGGAACCUGCCCUUCAUGCAGGAGCUAAGGCACCUCUUCUCACUCAUGGUGGGGUCCAAGAGGAAAUAUGUGGAUCCGUCACGGGCUGUGGAAAUCCUCAAAGAUGCGUUCAAGUCCAGUGAAUCACAACAGCAGGAUGUGAGCGAAUUCACCCACAAGUUGCUGGACUGGUUGGAGGAUGCUUUCCAGAUGAAGGCGGAGGAAGACAGGGAAGAGGAGAAGCCAAAGAACCCCAUGGUGGAGCUUUUCUAUGGUCGCUUCCUUGCUGUGGGUGUCCUGGAAGGUAAAAAGUUUGAAAACACAGAGAUGUUUGGGCAGUACCCGCUACAGGUGAAUGGCUUCAAGGAUCUCCACGAGUGUCUCGAGGCUGCAAUGAUCGAGGGUGAGAUCGAGUCCCUGCACUCGGCAGAGAACUCCGCCAGGUCUGGACAAGAGCACUGGUUCACAGAACUCCCUCCUGUGUUGACCUUUGAACUCUCGAGAUUUGAAUUCAACCAAGCACUAGGGCGACCUGAGAAGAUCCACAACAAGCUUGAGUUCCCCUCUAUGCUCUACAUGGACAGGUACAUGGACAGGAACAGGGAAAUCACUAGGAUCAAGAGGGAGGAGAUAAGGAGGCUGAAAGAGCAUCUGACGCUGCUCCAACAGCGACUGGAGAGGUAUCUGAGUUAUGGUUCCGGCCCCAAGAGGUUUCCUCUGGCAGAUGUCCUCCAGUAUGCCAUGGAGUUUGCUUCCAGUAAGCCUGUGUGCACUUCCCCAGUAGACGACAUUGACUCAUCUGCACCUCCCGGCGGCACAACAGGACAACCGCUGCCCCCGCCAAGCACAGCCGAGCAGGACCCUCUGCCCCCCCUAGAGAGCUCAGGGUCUGCUUCAGCCCCCACCACAGCUCCCACUACAGCCCAGCAACAGAGAGUACCCAUUCAUAAACCCUUUACCCAGUCCCGGCUUCCUCCCGACCUGCCCAUGCACCCUGCUCCGAGGCACAUUACCGAAGAAGAGCUGAGGGUGCUCGAGGGCUGCUUGCAUCGUUGGAGGAGUGAAGUGGAAAAUGACACCCGCGAUCUUCAGGGCAGCAUAACCAGAAUCCACAGAACCAUAGAGCUAAUGUACUCCGACAAAUCUAUGAUGCAGGUGCCGUACCGGCUUCAUGCAGUGCUGGUCCAUGAAGGCCAGGCCAAUGCAGGCCACUACUGGGCUUAUAUCUACGAUCCACAUCAGCGCUGCUGGAUGAAGUACAAUGAUAUCUCUGUUACCAAGUCGUCCUGGGAGGAGCUGGUCAGAGACUCAUUUGGAGGCUAUCGCAACGCCAGUGCCUACUGUCUCAUGUAUAUCAACGACAAGAAGCCCUUUCUUAUAGAAGGUACAUGUGGACUGAAUGUAUCACUAAAGGAGUUUGAUAAGGAAACAGGACAGGUUCUCAGCGGCAUGGACAAACUGCCCCCAGACCUGAAGCAGUAUGUGAAGGAGGACAAUGAGCUCUUUGACAAGGAGGUCGUAGAGUGGGACACCUUGCAGGCCCGCAAGGCCCAGCAGGAAAAGCUGGCGUUAGCCGCAGCUGCAGCCGCCGCCGCUGCUGCUGCUGCUGCUUCGGCAGCAUCCAGCACCUCCACCACUUCCUCCUCCCCUCAGCCCAUGAGUACUGAAUCCACCACUCCAGACAACACAGUUCUCCAGCAGGAGCCAGAGUACAUGGAGCAGCCGUCUCCCACCAAUGACUCCAAGCACCUGCAGGAGGACACGGAGCGAGCCAUCUCCAGAGCUGCUGCCGAACAGGAGGAGAGAAGCCCUGAGGCUUUGUUGAACGCUUCUGUCCCCUCUACCACUUUCCCUCAGCCUGAGAUCCAGGUGAGCAGCCCCUCCUCUCCUCCUCAUGACCUGGUCAUGGAGGAUGGUUCCCCUGGACAGCGCACCGUAGAGGUGGCCAUUCCUCAUGUGGGGACGUUUGUCAUUGAGUCAGAAGAGGGGGGGUAUGAUGAUGAGGCGAUGAUGACCCCCAACAUGCAGGGUGUUAUAAUGGCCAUUGGCAAAUCCAGCAGCGUAUAUGAAAAGAAUGGGCCUGAGGCGGCUUUUUUUAAGGCCAUAAAGCUGGAGUACGCUCGUCUACUGAGGUUUGCCCAAGAGGACACAACACUCGAGAACGACUACCGACUCCAGCACAUCAUUGUCUACUUCAUCCAAAACCAGGCACCCAAGAAGAUUCUGGAGAGGACUCUGCUCACACAGUUUGCCGACAGGAACCUGGCCUUCGAUGACAGAUGUAAGAGCAUUAUGAAUGUGGCACGUGCCAAACUGGACCUAAUUAAACCCGAGGAGGUCAACAUGGAUGAAUAUGAGAUGUGGCAUCAGGACUACAGGAAUUUCCGAGAGACGACCAUCUUCAUGCUGACCGGCUUGGAGUUCUUUCAGAAGACAAAUUACGUGGAGGCUUUGAUGUAUCUGAUUUACUCGUAUCAGUACAACAAGGAGCUCCUGUCCAAGGGGCUAUACAGAGGUCACAACGAGAGGCUCCUCGGUCACUACCGUCGAGAGUGUUUGCUGAAAUUAAACGAACAAGCGGCCGCAAUGUUUGAAUCGGGAGAAGAACCAGAGGUGACCACAGGGCUGGGAAUCAUGAAUGAGCUGGUGGUGCCCUGCAUCCCUCUGCUGCUGUUCCACGACGUGGAGAGAGACCUGCUGGCCGUGGAGGACAUGAGGAACCGCUGGUGCUCGUACCUGGGCCAGGAGAUGGAAUCCAACCUCCAGGAAAAGCUCACCGACUUCCUCCCCAAGUUACUGGACUGCUCGACAGAGAUCAAAAGCUUCCACGACCCCCCCAAGCUGCCCACGUACUCCACUCUGGAGCUGUGCGAACGAUUCAGCCGCAUCAUGGCCGCGGUGGCCAGGACGCCCACAGAGGAGAGAUGAGCUCAGAGGAGACGACGAGACGACGACUCUCCCCCAUUUUCACUGACCCGACCCCCGGGG